AUGAUAAAAAAUAUUUAAUGUAAAAAAAUAUAUAUAUAAUAAAAAAAAAAAAAAAAAAGUGAAUUAGAAAUAGAAAGUUCUUAAGAAGUUUAAAAUUAACAUAAAAUAUAUAGAGAAUUAUAAAAAAUAUAAGGUUUCUAUGGAGAAUUUGGCUCCUUAAUAAGAUGUACUAACAAAAAUUAUGAAUUAGCUUGCAAAGUAGCUCUAGGAAAUAACUUAGAUUGCUUAGUAGUUAAUAAUUUAUAAACUGCGCAAAUAGUGAAUAUAGUUUUAUAAGAAAAAGGUAUUUCUAAGGAAGUAAUGAUAUUAUAAAACUUGCCUGAAUAUUAACAUGUGAAAAUUAGUAAAACUUAAAUGAAUAGUUUAGCUGAAAAUAUUUAUGAAUACAUAGAUAUAGAUAUAUAGAAUAUGAAAUAUAAUGAAAAUAACAAACUUUAGACUUAAAUUUAGAAUGUUUUGUUAUAUUUAUUAAGAGGAAAAUUAGUAACUGAUUCUGUUGAGAAAGCAUUCGAAUUAAGAAAAAAAAGAAUAAAAUAAAUAUUUUAAAUUAUUACUAAAGACGGAAAUAUUAUUUCAAAUGAUAAUUCUAUUACUUCAAGUGGAGAUAAAUAGUAAUAUUUGAAAAAAACAAUAGGAACAGAUAAAGAAAUUUAAUAAUUUUAAAAUUAAAUUAAUAAACUUGAAGAAUAAAUUAAUUUGUUAAUUUAAUAAAUAGAGUAAAUAAAAGAAGGUAGUGGAGAAAAAGAAUAUAAUAAAUUACUUGAAGAAUUAUAAUAAUAAGACCAUUAUAUUGAAAUCGAAAAAAAUGAAAUAAAUAUUAUUUCAUUAAAAAUAAAUAUGAUUGAAUAAAAAUAAAAAAAAGUUUCUAAUUUAUCUUAAAAUUCUUUAGAAGUGUAAAAAUAUGAAGAAAAAAUAAAAGAAAUCGAAAAUAAUAUCAAUAAUGUUUAAAAUAAAAUUUGUGAAAUCAAACAAGAUGUUUUUAUGUAAUUUUCUAACAAACAUAAAAUCGAAAUGAAAGAUCUAACUAAUAAUUUAGCUGAAGAUGUGGAAAGAAUAUUCAAAAACGUAGAAAAAUAAUAAUUAAAAAUUAACUAAAUAUAAGAAAAUAUAAACUAAUGUGAAUAAAAAAAUUAAAAAACUAAUUAAGCUUUAAAAAGUUAUAAUGAAAAUGUGGAAAAUUAUUAAAAGGCGUAAGAAAUUUAUAAAGAGUAAAUAUAAGAAAAAUAAUUUUUAAAAGAAAAGGAAAAUAAAAACUUUAAAAAAAAAAUAGAAGAAUUAAAUGAACUAAAGGGAAAAUUAUAAGAAAUUUAAAUUUAAAAUGACGAAUUUUAUCAAGAAUUAAUUACAAAAACUAAAAAUCUACAAAAGUAGAAAAUUCAACUAAAACAUUCUUUUUCACUUCUUUUUGAAAAAAAGGAACAAUAAAUCCAAGAGUCUUAAAUAAAACAAAUUUUCGAAGUCUUUUAAGAUAAAGAAAUAAAAAAAAGUUAAUUCCAAUUACAAAUCGAAUUUUAAGAAGAAUAUGGACAGGAAAUCGGAAAAAGUAAAAUUUAAUAUUUGAUUGAUAAUAUAGAUAUUAAAUUACUUAAUUCUUAUUAGGAUUCUCUAGAAAAUAAUCUUAUAAAGAAAAGGGAUGAAAUAUAAGAAUACGCUUCUAAAGAAAUUACUGAGGGACUUCUUGGUGGAUAUCCAGGUUAGUAAGUAAUGGGGGAUGAUCUAAAGGAAAAAAAAGAAUAAUUAAAGUAAAAACUAGGUGAGCUUUUAUCCUAAAAAAAGGAGAAAGAAGAAAAGUUCAAAAUACUAAAAAAUAAAAGAAAAGAAAUAUUUGAUGAAUUUUUUAAAAAUGUAUAAAAUUUAGUCAAACUAUAUUACGGUGAAUUAACAAAACUUCCAGGAAAAAACAAGGACAAAAAGGCACUGUAGAUCUUACUGUUAGUAAUGAAGAAGAAAAAUAUAAGGGAGGAAUUAAUUAUUUUUGUUGUCCUCCAAACAAAACUUAUUCCCUUAAUCCUGAAAAAGAACUCAGUGGAGGAGAAAAGGCAAUAGCUUAAAUGGCACUUUAUUUAGCCCUUGCCAAAAGUUCACCUUUUUUAAUUUUAGAUGAGGCUGAGGCUUCAUUAGAUUCAGUUAAUACUGUUAAUGUUAUUGAUGCAUUGA